UGAUAUGUUUGUUUUUUGUUUACAGUUUAUUCCUGGUUUAUUCAAAGAUUUUUAUAGUUGUUAAAGAUCUAGUAAAACUCUUCAGAUAUUUUCAACUUUUUACAUAGUAUUGUAUUAUGUUCCAAUAAUUAAUAAUCCCGAAGUAUCUUGUAGGCUCACCAAUGUCAUGUCAUAUACGUUCAGUGAUAUUAUCAAGGCCUGUAAUGAAGAGAUGAAGUUGUUCUAGCAAUAUACUGAAUAAUCCUGGUAGCUGAAACUAUAAAACUAAAAUACUACUUCUAGCUAGCAACUUAUAGGAUAGCUACUUAUAUAGACAGCGACAGCUAUGCCUACAGUAAUUUUGCUUGAUGCCUCAUUAUCAAUGACUAGACCUAUCCAGUUUAUAGAUGGGAUAGAAACAACCAGAAAACAGCUAGCUAUAACAGGCAUAAAUGCCUUUCUAGAUCAUCUUAGUGUUCAUUCCAAACUGGAGUUUAUUGCGCUGAUAGCAUUCUCCUCUUUAUACGAAGAAAGAUGUUCUUUUACGAGAGAUUACAAUGUAAUAAAAUCUGAACUAAAAAAUAUUGAUGAUUAUGAUAAAACAUGUCUAGAAACUGCAUUUCAUGGCGUAAAUCAGAUGAUAUUAGGAGAAUGGGGCAAUAAUACUGUUUGUCAGAUAAUACUGAUAACAGACGGCAGUACAGGCAUCGGAUCAAUGUCUCUUAAGGAAACGCUCACCCUAGAUAAAGCAGUUGGUUCGAUGCCUUUUUCCUUACCGUUCUCAUUUCCCGCCAAAUUACACGUGGUCUGCAUUGCGGGAGCAAAUGAACCAAGUUUUAUAAAAUCUCGACCAUUAUACCAACGUCUUAUUGAUAUGAGUGGGUAUGACGGUUCAAUACAAGUUCUAGAACAAUUACAAAGUGAGGCUGAUGUUAUAACAUUAUUUCAAAAGUUAUCUGAAGAAAUUUAUAUUUCGUUUAAAGGAGUACUGAAAUGUGGAAGUCUAGAUUCAAAAAUUAUCCUAUCUCCGGCACCUGUGGCUUACACAAAAAUUACCGAUUUCAAUAGUCAAACGUAUAAUGUAUCCACAUUAAUCGAGAUAUGUGGAUUCAUUUCUGUUGCCGAUGUCGGAUCUCCAAUGGCAAUCAGCCGACAUCUUAUCCUUCCCGCUACAGCGUCUGGUAAAAACGACUUGACUUCCACCACUAUAGACCUAACUGACGAAAACUCAAUUGACGAAGGCAAUACCCCAUCGUUUUGUGUACUGCUACACGGUGCGUUGAAAGUGGAGAACAUGGCCGCUCUAGUGGCAAUAGGCGAAAACUGGUUUGGAUUUGUUUACUCUUGGGCCGACUCAAAGAAGAAGAGUAAUUUGAUGUUAACUAUAUUACCACCUGGAUCGGACAUUAUACCUUGGUUAGGCGAUUUAAACGAGUUAGCCACGACGGAUAUGUUCCCCGCGGAACAAGCUGGCACAUUUCCAUUACGCCCAAGCGAAAAACGAAGUUAUUCACAAAACGGAGUAGUUUGGAUCAGACAAGCCGGUUUACAGUCUGAUAUUCAAAAAAUUCUUAGACAUGCACGUAAAUUACCUGGAAAAACUCAACAAUUUUAUAAGGAACUUAACCGACUUCGAAAAGCUGCGGUUUCUUUAGGAUUUCAAGAUUUGCUCAACGGGUUAUCACACAUAUUUGAAAGGGAAUGUAUGCAGUUACCAGACAGCGCUCAUCCAGAUUGCGCGUUACAACUUCAACACGCUGCCGAAAUGUUAAGGAAAACACAGAGCAGGGACAUCAAAUUUAUCUUGUUGCCUUUGCAAACAAAUUAUAAUUCGUCUUAGUAUUACACAUUUUUAAGUUAAAUAA